AUGCGCAGCGCUGAGGUUGAACAUCAGAGCAGUCUCAACCGCACCCCAACACCGGCAAGGAGAGAGUAUGGCAACGGCCUGGCCGCAGGCGGCGUUGGGAGCAUGAGAGCAGACACCAUCGGAGGCCUCGCGUUGCCGCUGGACCUGGGCAGAGCAAGCAGGAUCACCAGGGUUGAGGUUGAUAAUCUGGCCAUGGUGGACAACGUCUCGAUCAAGCUCGGACGCGGCUUGGUCGCGGUCACCGGCGAAACGGGGACCGGCAAGAGCCUCAUCUCCAGCGCCUUCAGCCUGGCUGCCGGGGCUCGCGUGAGGGGCGCCGACUUGGUGGGAAGCAGGGGGUCCACGGCCGCUGUUCAACUGCAGCUGGAGCUUGCCGAAGGUCACCGAGCGUCAACGGCGGAGGUACUUGAACGUUUCGGCGUGCCCUUGGUGGAUGGCGGGCGAAGACUGAAGGUGAACCGAACCGUGGGGGGCAAGGGGUCCUCGGCAUCAGUGAACGGGUGCUCGGUGAAGCUUGGAGCCCUACGAGAACUCAUGUCCCCCCUCAUCUACACCGUCGACGCCAACGCCUUCGAGCUGUUUUCGCGGGCCGAUGGCCGCCUGAGGGCGUUAGACCGCAUGUUCACCCCGGCAGAGGUGGCUCUGGCAGACAAGGCGAGGAGCGUGGUCGCCCAGCUGAAGCAGGCGGAAGCUCGCCGCGCGAGGCUGGAGCAGCGGUGCCGUUUCGAGGGUGGGCACGGGGGGGGGUCCGCAGACGACGCGUCUCUGCUGCACCACUGGGUGGAGGAGCUGGACGAGUUUCGAGAAGGGGAGAUGGCCUUCAUGGACAGGAUGAGGUCUGUCGUAGAAAGCUUUGUAGACGACUGGGGUGAGGAUAUGUUAGGGCCUCUCUCCGAACCUUUUCUAUCUGGCACGCUGCUGUCGGACGAAGAUGCGGAGGAGGGGUCGAGAGGUGGCGUAGAGGGGUUGUCGGACCUGUGGCCGCGCCUGUCGCGGGUCCGGGAGGGCAUGGAAGACUUGGAGGCUAGCCGGACGAAGGUGGAGCUAGCGAGGCAGCUGGCCGUGGAGCAGUCCAACCCCGAGAGCAUCGCGCAUGCCAUCGGUAAGAUUCGAGGACUUCUGAUUGAUGCGGAGGACGAGAACGUCGGCCUAAGCCAGGACCUGUUGGAGGGAACCCACGAAGACCUCAACUCUUUGGAAGACUUGGUCAAGAGUGCCGGCGAGAAACUGGAGAGGUCGGUCGAGUCCCUACCGAUGCUGCCGAUAACUCUGGACGAAGUCGAGGAGAGGACUGUCAAAUGGAGGGAUCUGGCUCGGAAGCACGGAGUCCCCCCGGAGCGGCUGGGGUCCAUGCAGGCGCAGCUGAGGGUGGAGCUGGACGAGCUGGUGGUUGCGGCGGAAGCACUGCCGCUGGCCCGCGAGAAGGAAGAGCGGUGGAGGGCCGCGGCGGAGGAGGCGACCGGAGAGCUGUCGGCGGUGCGGCGAAGAGCGGCUUUGGAGGUGGAGCAGCUGGUUAAUCCAAUGAUGGCAGACGUCGGCUUGGAGGGCGCCACGUUCAAAGUCUUCGUAGAAGAGUCCAAGACCCUAGGCCCUUCCGGAGCCGACCGCGUUCAGUUCCUGAUGGAAGCUAACGAGGGGCAGACGAGGGGCACCGUGGAUGCGGUCGCCUCGAGCGGCGAGAAGUCCCGCCUCCUGCUUCUCCUCGAAACCCGGCUGCCGCCGCCCCAAGCGAGGUCGACGGCCGAAGUCGGGGACCGCCGUGGCGGGGUCGUAGGCGAAGAGGGCGGUACGGCAGAAGACGUUGAUGCUGACGGCGAGGCUGCUGGAACGGCGGCUGGUGGUAGUAGUGGUGUUGUUCGCGUGCCGCCGUGCGCGGUGCUGUACGAUGAGAUCGAUGCUCAUGUCGGCGGGAGGACGGCGGUGGCCGUAGGGAGGCUGCUGGCCAACCAGGGCCGAGACUCACAGGUGGUAGUCGUGACCCACACGGCGUCCGUUGCAGCACUGGCGGACCAGCACUUGGUCGUCGACAAGGCCUUAACCGACGCAACGGCGGUGAUGGCAUCUGCCGGCAACGACGGCAUCAGCAGCAUCAGCAGUAGCAGCGGCAGCGGAGGCGGCGGGGCGUGCGAUACAGUCGACGCGGCCCCGCCAUCAUCACCACCACCACCACCAACAAGGCCGUCAUCGCCGCCCGCGGCAGACGGUGCGGACGAGCCGUUGUCUUCCUCGGCACGGCGGUCUCGACGGCAAGGGAAGGGUCGGGUCGGGGUGAGCGUCUCGAUACGCGAGGUCAACGGGCGAGAAAGAGAGGAGGAGCUGGCUCGAAUGGCGGCCGGGGAUAUGGGGGGAGGGGCAGCAGCGGAGCUCGCGCGAGAGAUGUUGCGGUACAGCCGUCGGCAGGGCUCGUAGCCCUCCGCCUCCGAAGUUCGGCGACUGUACGUUUUAUCGACCCGGACGGGAUCGAGGAGGUUAGGAAUCUGGUUCGUUUCCAGCGGGCGCGUUGGACACGGCGAGACGUGCGGGCCACUCGUGUUGACUUUGCCGUAUGCCACACCGGGGGCAACGCUCUUUGAGUCCUGCAGCGAUGGCGAUGUUUGUUUUGUAUGCAUUGAGCGAACAAGGGUUUCGCCACAGUACGUCGCACGUUGUUCGUUUUGACCAAGGACGGUUUGAGCUUCUCCAGGUUAAGACGGAUGAAUGGGCGGGGCUGAGACCGUCCGGUUGAGGUAGAGGAGGCGCUGUUCUCACACGGCCGCUCGAAAAUAUGUGUGCCUGCGCCGUGGGCCGUGAACCGCACACAUCGCUACCGCUUUCCCCACAAGAUGCUCUGCACAUCUUCGGGAUGGACUCCUACAGCGCUUUGUGUUCGAGGUCGACAUAAGCGCUUGUUUUUGGGUGGAGGUGUAUUUGACAAGAGCUUCACGUUACAGCAUCGCUGGUUUGCGUAGCACCCCGGCUUUUUUUGGUUUCCAAGCUUCGAUUGCUUUGCAUUUCGCAUCGGACAAGUUUCCGAUCCCCGCGGACUGUUUUUUUCAACCUGGUUUCUCCAACGUACCACCCUUCUUGGUGUUGUUUGCGAUUCGCCUGCUGGUGUGUGGUGCGAACGAGCUUUCGAACUAAGUUCAGCACGGUGUUCUCGCGUACAACAGACGUUAGGGCAAGUCCUCACUCUACAGAGCCGCAGGUGACCCAGAGAGAGAGGUGCCGCAGAGUUUGUUGGGGGUGCCCCACUUCUGAUGUCACGGAGUCCCGUUUCUGCGCUCAAGGGCGAGGGCGUGAUGGGGUUCGCCCUCCCCUGGUUGGAAAGACCAGUCCAGUAGCGUGUAGGGUGUUGUGUAGGGAAAUUUCGUGCCAUAAGUACAGUGCGGGGGGGGAGGGGGGGUGAGGGUGAGCACUGACCCCACGAAUACUCAAUAUAUGGGGUGUCUUUUGGUCUUCGGGGUUGGGUAAUAGGCGCGUUGUUCCGCUUACACUUGUAGAUUGGAAACAGGGGCGGAAGCUGUAUUAGUGGGUUUCUGCGUGCUUGUACCCGCCUCUUGUGUGCCAAGGUUGUUUUUCGGCUUGGCUGUGUAGUUUUACCGAUACGUUUUCCCUCGUGUAAAAAACAAAACUCCAAACACC